GGAGCCAAAAAAAUCUUUCCUUUUUUCUUGGAGUGAAUAGAGAGAAAUAAAAAAAUCUCCGCCAUCCCGAAACUCUCCACCACGGCAUUCACUCUCGGCGUUUGCACAUCCGCGCGGCCCUCUCCUUACCUCUCCCUCCACUUUUGUCCUUAUCCAUUCCCCCUCUGAUUAUGGAAAAAUAGCGAUAGAACGGAAGACGAUUCGAAAUCCAUAUCUAAAAGUUCCCUCGUGCCCUUCGUUCUAUUCUCUCUUCUAUUAUCUCCUCCGUUCCAAAGAUGUUAACUAAAUCUAUAGAGGUCGACCUGAUGCCAUCCUCUCUGUCUAAUCUCAAACAUGAAAUCUUGGAAUAAUAUUCAAAUCUACUUUUAGCUUCAGAACAAGUCGUUAUUGUUACUCUUGGUGUUUCUUGUGAGAGAUUGAGGUUGGGUACCGCUGAUUUUGCGCUUUUUCCUCGUCCGUCCAAAAAUUGUCGAGCUAUUGGAAGCCAUGGCUGAGUGCCAAUGCUUCAAGGGAGGUGUGCUUAGAUAUCCCAGAAAUCUUAAAAAGGCUUGUCAUCAUGCAUUAGCAAGUAAUACUAGGCAUUUCUGUGACAUAUUUUCUUACCGUAAACAGCAUGUUGCUAUUCCAUCUGCUGUAUCACAUAGAUACUGCCGUAUGGUAUUUGUACCAAGAAGAAUUUCAGAGGGGCACUACAUGCAGUCUGGUCACACAAGUUUUGGUUGGAGUGGUUCUUACUUUCACAGCCGCAGAAAAGCUUGCUGGCAAAGAUUUCAGGCACACGCUGAGCUUGAUGUUGCCAGCGCUAUUGAAGUAAUAAAUGAUUUAGGAUUUGAUACUCUUACAUUCUUGGUUGUGACUGUUCUGGUUGUACCUGCAUUCAAGAUCAUUAAAGCCAGCCCUAUUCUUGGUUUUUUCUGUGCUGGGGUUGUACUUAACCAGUUUGGCCUUAUUAGGAAUCUCACAGAUGUUAAACUUCUAUCAGAAUGGGGAAUUCUUUUCCUGUUGUUUGAGAUGGGAUUGGAGCUCUCAUUGGCACGCCUAGGAGCUCUUGCAAAAUUUGCCUUUGGCAUGGGGUUGACCCAGGUCGUGUUGUCUACACUUGCUUUUACUGCAUUUGAGCUUCCUCCUAAUGGGGCUAUUGGAACAAAAGUUUUGGAGUUCCUUUUUCAUUCAAGACCUGAUCUGGUAAACAUCAGAAGCGUUGACGAAGCGAUAGUGAUUGGUGCUGCUCUUUCAUUAUCAUCUUCUGCUUUUGUUCUACAGCUUCUAGCCGAGAAAGGUGAGCUUCCUACACGAUUUGGUUCUGCGACUUUGGGAAUUCUUCUUCUGCAGGACAUAGCAGUUGUUCCUUUGUUGGUGAUACUUCCUGUGCUUGAGAGUCAGAACCUUGUUGGGGAAAGUAUUUGGCCAGCACUAGCAACUGAAAGCUUGAAAGCUUUAGGUGGACUUGGUCUACUUUCCCUGGGAGGAAAAUACUUUCUGAGGCGUAUUUUUGAAGUUGUUGCAGAAUCAAGAAGCUCAGAAGCUUUCGUUGCUCUCUGUCUGCUUACGGUUUCAGGGACUUCACUUCUUACACAAAUGCUGGGCUUUAGUGACACGCUAGGAGCUUUUCUGGCAGGAGCAAUUCUUGCGGAAACAAAUUUUCGGACGCAAAUUGAAGCUGAUAUAAGGCCCUUUAGAGGCUUACUGCUUGGGUUAUUUUUUGUAACUACGGGGACAUCCAUUGACAUGCAGCUUCUUUUCCGAGAAUGGCCAAAUGUGCUUUCCCUCUUGGCAGGUUUGAUUGUUAUCAAGACAGUGAUAAUUACUGUAAUAGGACCUAAUGUGGGACUAACUUUUCAAGAAAGCAUUAGAAUAGGAUUGCUUCUUUCACAAGGAGGUGAAUUUGGAUUUGUCGUAUUUUCCUUGGCAAACAGGCUUGGAGUUCUACCACUUGAGUUGAACAAACUUCUCAUAAUCGUUGUUGUGUUGUCAAUGGCAUUAACUCCUUUACUCAAUGAACUUGGAAGGAGAGCUGCCAAGGUCAUUGAUGAAAAGUUUCAAGGAAAAGAAAAAGUGAUUGAUAUGAUGGGGAGCUUUGAUGCCACUGAACCAGUCAUCAUUCUUGGAUUUGGGCAGAUGGGUCAGGUCCUCGCCAAUUUUCUUUCAACUCCAUUGGCUUCUGGAAUAGAUGGUGACAAUGUGGGAUGUCCUUAUGUUGCAUUUGAUCUUAAUCCUGGAGUAGUUAAGGCAGCUCAAAAAGCAGGUUUUCCUAUACUAUACGGAGAUGGGUCACGCCCAGCAGUUUUGCAAUCUGCUGGAAUAUCCUCUCCUAAGGCUGUCAUGGUCAUGUAUGCAGGAAAGGAAAAAACAAUUGAGGCUGUUCAAAGAAUAAGGCUUGCUUUUCCUGCAGUCCCUAUUUAUGCCCGAGCUCGGGACCUUGCCCAUCUAUUAGAUCUGAAGAAAGCAGGUGUCACAGAUGCUAUUCUUGAAAAUGCUGAGACUAGUUUACAACUUGGCUCGAAGCUUUUGAAAGGGCUUGGUGUCAUGUCCGAUGAUGUGACCUUCUUGAGUCAGCUCGUAAGAGACUCAAUGGAGCUACAAGCACAAGAGGUACUCAACAGAACCGAGGAUCGAGAAUUUGAUGUCAUGGAGCCACUGCAGGUGAGAGUGACUGACAUGAUUGAGGCCACAAGGAGCAGUGCAUCGGUCUCACAUAAUGAGCAAUCCCUUAGCUUGGAUCGACCAGAUAUCCCUCAUGUUUCAAUCUCCAAGAACAACGUACCAACUGAUAUUGAGGCAGAGUAUCAAGCUAGACAUGAUGCUCCAGACCACGAGUCCGAGAAUUUAUUAUGUGAUGAUGGUGUUAAAUAUUGUCGCUUGGAUGUUGACAACAGUGUUCUAAAUAGAAAAGAAGAUGCCAAAGGAGAGAGAAAUGUGUCAGAUCAUUCUAUGUCUUCCACAAGUUCGACUGAAUGUUCCUAGUUUUUGUUUCUGGAUGAUUUUCAGUUCUUCAAAUUGUAGCGCAGAAUGAAUAUUCUUCAGACAUUGGAGGCUGACAGAUGGAUCUACAGUCCAUGGCUACACUAUCUGGAGUUGGUUGACCACAAAGCUAAAGCUGGUUGCUUCAGAUGAAAUGGUAGAUAACUGAAACUGAAGAAAGCCACCUGCAGCUCUUUUAACCAUUUAAUUUCAAGAAGGUAGCUCAAAUCGAGCUCCUAAUCCUGAAGGCUACAAUUACAAAAUAAGGAUUAAUAUGAAUGUGACGCAGCAUCUCUAACCAAAGAAUUAGAUCAGAUCUACCAAUAGCCAUCAUUUAUCAGCAGGGUGUCCUUAUAGCAUUCCAUUCCAGCUGAUGAUAAGUGUUUUCUUUGCACUCUGACCAGUCAUUUCUGAAGAAUUCUUUGGUGAAAUUACAUACAAUUCACUGAAGAUAUGGCUUCCGAGAUUCUCUUUAUCAACUUGAAGCAGACUGUCACGAUUUCCACAAAAUCUGGUAAUUUGAUGUAUAUAUUGCUUUAUGCUGCAUUGAAGGGAAAGACUAGAUUCAGAAAGUGCUCUAGUGUUUGUGAUAACUGAUGUUUUCAAUGACAUGUACGGUACCCUCCAUGGAUCAUGCAUGUUUUGAUAUCGCUGUCAGUUGAAAAGCUUGUAGCAGAAACCAGAGGUAAGGAGAAAAAAGUUGUAAGUUUGUAGUUGGUUGGAGUCAAAGGAGUUUGUCAAUAACAGCAGCGGUUUCUUGUAAUUUCUCCUCAAGACGUUAUGUCGUGAAGAAAAGUAACCUUCCAUGCAAGUGGGCAUUCUGUAAUACAUUGUGGCUAUAAGAAUAUCACAGUAGAAAGCUUUACCAAGGUUUCAAAAAUGCCAAUACAUCCAUGCAGCAGAAACCAGGAAAAGCCAUCUAUUUGUGAUAAUGGAAACAACAGCCCUUGUUUGUUCAGUUUACCUGUAAACAGGACUGUUUUAAGAAAUGCUGUAAGAACCAUUAUUAGCUGCUAUAAAUAUGACAGAAAAUGAUGGCGAGGAAAUGACAACAUUUUUUGGAUUUUCAGCUAUUCAAAGAAUAAUAAGUUUUAUUUUUAGCUGUCUUGGCAUCUGGCAGACUUAUUUGAACCUGCCUCAGUCUGCUAGUCAUGUUUGUUGGGAGGCCAGCCAGGUGGCUUGACUGGUUAACUAGGAAGGCAGCCAGUGCAGAAUAUAAUGUUCGUAAGCCUGGUUUUAUCACCUGAGUUUUGUACGCUGAUACAAAGCAAGUCCAAAAACUGAGGGAGAUUAUAUGGCAAACAACUCUUGCAACUAAUGACUCUUAUCAUGUGAACAAUCUGUAUUAGUUAUUCUUUUCAUCAAUAUGUCAGCAAGUGCAAGUUUCACAGUUUUAAUAACUUGUUAGUAGAUGGUGUGAAAUCGUGAAUAACUGUGGUUUGGAAUAUCAAUAGAAAUGUGGAUUUA